AACCCUUUGUGUAAUUAACUAGGGUAUGAUUGUAUACAUGCGAUAUGGAGCGUGGCAUAGGGCAAAAGCAAUCGAGGGUGUAGAUCCCAUGCACACAACCCCACACCAUGAAAUGAUUGCACUCUAAAAAAAAAAAAAAAAGUCCACUCAACUCCCAAAUUGAUUAUACUUAUUUUCAAUACACAGACUUCCCUUUACUCGUCAACCAGAAACAGUUAAAUCCACUCCCCAUCAUCCCAACUGCAAGAACAAGAACCCACACCCAAAAGGUGCCAACUUUUUCAACUACUCGAGCUCAGAGAUGCAAGAUCCCAACUCCAAGCAGCAGGUCAGCCAAAUGCCGCCCUUCUCCGGCGCAAUGCGGCCCUCCCAGCACCGCCGCGCCCACUCCGAGGUCAACUUCCGCCUCCCGGAGGACCUAGAUCUGGGCUCCGACCCCUUCGACGCGCCGGCGGGGAGUUUCGAGGAGAUGGGAUCCGAGGACGAUCUCUUCUCCACCUACAUGGACAUAGAGAAGCUCAGCGCCGGACCUGGAUCUGGACCUACCGACAAUGCCGCCGCCGCUGACGACGACGCAGACAAGACCGCCGCCUCCAGGCCUCGCCAUCGCCACAGUAAUUCCGUCGACAGCUCCAGCUUUUUGUUCAACGACAACAGCAUCGAAGCUAAGAAGGCUAUGCCGCCUGAUAAGCUUGCUGAGCUCUGGACUAUUGACCCCAAGCGCGCCAAAAGGAUUCUGGCAAAUCGGCAGUCUGCUGCUCGAUCAAAAGAAAGGAAGGCCAGGUAUAUAUCUGAACUGGAGAGAAAAGUUCAGACCCUCCAAACUGAAGCUACGACUCUCUCUGCGCAACUGACUCUGUUCCAGAGAGACACAACAGGACUGAGUAACGAGAAUACAGAGCUUAAGCUUCGUUUACAAGCCAUGGAACAGCAAGCUCAACUACGCGAUGCACUCAAUGAAGCACUGAGGCAGGAAGUAGAAAGACUCAGAGUCGCAACUGGAGAAAUGUCGACCACGUCUGAUACGUUCAAUUUAACCAUGCAACAUCUUCCCUACAACCAGACUACAUUCUUUUCCAACCACAACCAGCCUCAAGCUGGCUCAAACGAAUCCUUGAACGUACAAAUGCAGCAGUUUCAUACACUUCAAGCCAGCAUGUCAAGUCACCAGCAGCAUCCCGUGCUUUCUGCCAAUCACGCACAGGGACUUUCCGACUCAAUGCACCAAGACCCUCUUGGACGUUUUCAAGGCCUCGAUAUCAGCAAUGGGGGCACACACGUGAAGUCGGAAGGGCCCUCUAUAUCUGCCAGUGAAAGCAGCAGUACAUUCUGAUUUCAGGUUUCUUUCUGGAUUUUUUCCCCCCAAGGCCCGGAAAUCUGUUUGUUUACUUGUUCAUAGACUGACACCGCGUUUAACAUCCAGAAUCAUCAGCAGUCCACAUUUUUUCAUUAAUUUUUUUCUCUUUGGGAUUAACAGGUUUUAGGUUUCCCUUAGUGUUGUAGGUUUGUCUUUGUUCAUUGUGUUGGGAACCGGUUAUGUCUUAAUUUCAUUUCAUUUUGUCUACAUUUUGAUUUAUUCGUUAAAACUGAGAAAUCAUAGCUUGUGAUGUGGCUGGAUCUUCGACCACGAAGGAGGUGGUAAUGCUUCACUUGUGUGGGGCUUUGUGUGACUCAGUUUGCUAAUGUUGUCUGUCGAUUGUAAUGGACUUGCACAUCAGUUUGUGUUGAUUUAACCGAUAGAUUUUUAUGCUGUGCC